AUGUAUGAUGAAUUGAUUCAAGCCAUAAAUGGAAUUGAUAGUGAUCAUGCAACAAAAAUUGUUAAAUCAGAUAAUUUGAAAACGGUCAGUGAUGAGAUUAUUCUUAUGGUUCUUUAUUGUUUACAACCAACGGUUCGCUCAAAAAUUAGUAUAUUCAAUUUCACUAAGGAUGAAAAAUUAUCAGAAAUAAUUCUUCGAAGUAUUUGUAAAUUUACGGUAUUUUUUUCUUCUCCAGCUGUAGAAAAUAAAAUCCAACCGAAGAAAUUGAAUUCGAAUAAACGUGAUGAUAUGGUAUCAAAAUUUGAUUAUUUGCUUGAAUUAGCCCUUGAUUGGGAUUGUAUUAAUACAGCAAAAGAAUGGAUUGUUCAAGAUUCUCUUGAUAAUAUUUACAAUAGAGAAUCAAUUUUUUGUCGAGCAUUAACAAAGCAACGACAUAAAUUUGUUCAUUAUUUUAUUCAACUUGGACUUGAAAUAGAUGAAAUAUUUUUUCAUCCAAAACUUAACCCAUUUGCUGCAAGAAAUAUGAAUAAAGAAAAUAAACGUUAUAGCAAAUUUUUAAAAAUUUUAUAUACUGAAGAAGCUAUUAAUCGAGACGAUUGGUUACUUCGAGAUGUCGUGAAAACUACCAACGAUCAACAUCGAAAAGUGAUUUGUUCAACAGAUGAUCUCAAUCGGUUAUUUCGAGUUCUUGUCGGUGGCUAUAUGAAGCCACUUUAUUAUGAUUCACAAAUAGAAGAACAAGAAAAUCGUAUGAGAGUUAAACAUUUUACAAAUAUUAUUUUUCCAAUGGAAGAUAUUGAACAAGGACAAUUGAUUGCUAGUGAUACUGUUUAUAAACAGUUAGCAAAAGAUUAUAUUAUUCGUGAUCUUUUUCUUUGGUCUAUUGUUAUGAAUUAUAUGGAUCUUGCUAAAGUAUUUCUUGCUCAUAUGAAAGAUCGUAUUUGUGGUGCUUUAAUAGCUACAGAAAUUCUUUCGCAUUUACGUGAUCAUUCUUCUGAUGCUGUUCAUGGAGAUAAAAAGACGAAUCUUACUUAUUGGAUUAAUUAUUUUGAACAAUACGCUAUUAAUUGUAUGGAUUUAUGUUUUAAAAAUGAUCCAAAUAUGGCUCGAAUAUUAGCUAUACAACGCGUUGAAAUGUUUGGUGAUGUAACUUGUCUACAGGUGUGUGAUGAUGCUAACUCCAAAAGAUUUGCUUCACAUCCUUGUUGUCGGCAAGCAGAGAAUAGUAUUUGGUAUGAUAAGUUACAUUCCGAUCAAUUUCAUUUACGAUAUUAUAUUGGACAAUUGAUUGGUUUAUGGACUUUAGGCUUACUUGCACCAUUUACUGUGCGUUUUCAAACAGUAGAUCAAAAUCCACUUCCGACUGAACCAAUACAUAAACAUAAUGAUCUUCAAGGUAAACAUGAAAUGAUUGAAAUUGCAAAUCCAUUAGUAAUAGAUCUUCUAUAA